GAAGCACUGCCGACGCUUCCACACAAGAUAUUGCGUUUUAGACUGCAUGUGUUGCAUGCGUGACAGCAAGUGUUAAGCGGCAAACUAAUCUUUUUGCAUUUUCCUUAAACUUUAACGAUUUUGGUGACAACAUUGCUUAAAAUGGAUUCUAGUAAAUCGGAAUCAACCCCAAAACAGGCCAUGGUUUAUAUUUGCGGAGAAUGUCAUCAUGAUAAUGAAAUACGACCUAGAGAUCCAAUUCGAUGCAGGGAAUGUGGAUACAGAAUUAUGUAUAAGAAACGUACCAAGAGACUUGUUGUGUUUGAUGCAAGAUAAAUAUCUUUGACAAAAGGGUGA